AUGGGGAAUUGCUUGAACCCGCGAGCCGUGACGUGGGUCGACGACGAAGAUUGGGAGCCGAAAGAGCUCGACAAUAUCAAAGAACAGCGGAGAAAACAUAAGAAGAGUAAGAGAGGAGGAAAGGAGAGCAAAGUCGAGCCUUCGACUACUGCGGUGAAGAUAAAGCUCACAAAGAAGCAGUUGGAGGAGCUUUUGGUGCGAACGGAUACGAAGGGACUGUUGCCGAUCAACGAAGUAAUUAUAUACCGUCUCAUGAAGAAGGCGAGCAAAGAGUCUACAUGCGGCGGCCGGAGCUGGGGUUGGAGACCAACUUUAAAGAGUAUACCAGAAGAAGUUGUUGAAGGUGUAGGAUCGUAG